UAUCAUCUGCAGCCACGGGAUUGGGAUUAUAUAUACCGCCCACAAAACACUAUCAGUCAAGUGGACGGCUUAAUCACACACACACACACACAAAUACAAAGGUGCUACUUUGUUAACCUAGGUUGGAGGGCAAGAGGAGUAAAACCCGACUGGUGCAGUAGUGUCAGGUGCUCAUCACAGCUCCAGUGAACUGGCUGCAGGAGGCACAGCACACAAAGAACUUGAAGGCUGAUGGAGGGAUGUUGACAGGGAAGCUGAUUAGUUUCAAAUAACCUACAAUGAAGAUGGAUAUGAGAAAUAUCUUGACCGUCACUCUUUUCCUGGCUUUGUGUGUUUCAACUUCUCUAUCUCAAAAGAGAAAAAAGCACAAGAAACUAAAAGAUCCAGAGGCUCCAUCAUGGAAGUCGAAUUCCAAGCCAGCCAAGAAAGAGAUGUAUGAGUCUAUUAACGAGGGCCAGUCUAUAAAACUGGACUGUAACGCAAAGGGGCGACCCAAACCAAAAAUACACUGGAGGAAGAAUGGAGAAAAACUUCAUAUGGAUGGAGCGCGUAUAAAGGCUAGAAAAUACGAAUUGAAGCUGCACGAGCUAGCAGGAUCAGAUAGUGGAAACUACACUUGCAUUGUUAAAAAUAGCCAGGGACAACUGCAGUACACAUUUAUUGUUGACGUGGCAGUAAAGAUCUGGCCACUGGAGGUGGAAGGUCCGAGCAAUCUGACGGUUCCCGAAGGACAAACGGUGAAGUUCCGGUGUCGGGUUCUGAAUGACCCCGAGGCCACUAUAAGAUGGCUGAAGAGGAAGCCAAUAUCGGCAGACAUUCUCAACAAGAAGAAGCCUGAUUUUAUAGAAACUUCUGGGAAAGAAGACCCGGAACUGAUGGUUAUUAAGAAUGUGAAGGUUAAAGACGCGGGCCAGUACACGUGCCUGGCUGGCAAUCUGUGGGGGCUCAAGUACAUGGAUGCCUGGCUGACUGUCAUUCCAACGGGAAACAGUCCCACAGUGUCCCUGCAGACUGUGAGACCCACCACAAUGCCUGUGACGACACCGAAACCAAGACGGAGACAUACGACAGCACCGUCUAUCUGGAACUGGACAAACCCACCACCCAGACAGACGACGUUCAUCUGGAAUCCUUACCCCACACACAAACCUUCACGAGGCGGUAAAAACCAUGACCAUGGUGGACGCAAACGAAAACCUCCAAGGAGGAAAGAUAAGAAAACGACAGUACCUUCUUUUGGUACGACGACAACAACGGAAAUGUUCGAAUUUCAGACGAUACGGAGAGUUGAGACGGGUCGCGACCGAGAUAUGUACGAUCCUCGCCUCAAGGAGAACAACCCAAGACUAAAGAAUGAAGACCCACGUGACAAGAAGCCGAAGUCGAAAGAUGGCGAAGGUAAAGAGGGUAAAGGAAAGAAGAACAAAGAGGGGAAGAAUACGAAGGCCACGGGGCUCGAGGAACGAAACACCAAAGGGAUGAUCAGUCUGUGGACCAUCUACACGAUCGUUGGAGCCAUCGCAGGAGUCAUUCUCCUACUGGGACUGAUUGCUAUAACGGUGGCACUGUGUUGCAGAAAGGACAGCAAUGGGGUGUACAAAUCCACCAGAGUGUAGUGUGAUGGGUAAUCCAUACAAUGUGGAAGGAGAUGUUAAAUCCACAUAUACAGAUAUUUACAUAUGUAUGUGGGUUUUUCUAUGGCACUGAAGUGUGUAGCUGGGUGCUACAGAGUGAAAAGGAGGUCAUGACUAUUUUCACAACCAUUCAAGUUAACAAGUUUGUGUAAUUUGUUGUAUCCAGGGUUGUGUAACAUGCUGAUAAAUGACUUCUUAAUUAAGCAUUCUCAUUACAUAAAAGAAACUUACAUACAAUUCGAGUGUAAAUUCAUUGUGUUUUUGUUAUGUUACUUUUCAUGUUUUUUUUGUUUUUUUCUACAAUAUUGUUGCCAUGAGAGAUCCAUUUGCAUUAUACUUAAAAUAUUGAAAAUGUACAGUUUCAUCAUGUGUAUGCAAAAUGUGAUGUUUAUUUUCAAAGAAUAGACAUAAAACUUACAAAAGCACAGUU